AAGAGGGAAGAGGAAGAGAGAAAGAGGAGGAGGAAACGGGAGAAAUUCGCUUUUGUUUACAGUGUGGAGGAGGUGAUGACGACUGGUGGGUUGGGGGGGAACAGUGGGGCCAAGUGACCUUAUACGCAAUCCCCGAACGACCAAAUUGUCGUUGACCACGACGCGAAUCGCCCUGCAACCGGUCGUUCCCUGUGAAAGCUGUCAGGACCCAACACAGGGAAGAAUAUCGGCGGCCUAGGAGAACGCUGCUUUGGGUGCAACAAAAGGAGACGACAGCGCCUGUUGGUAGUGAAAGUGAUGUUGGCGAUGGUGAAUUUGAACCUACGGCUGAAAUGUUAGUAGAUGAAUACGAUGAUGAAAGAACACUAGAUGAGGAAGAGGGUAUGGAAGAAGGGAGUGAUCAGGAAGAGGAGAUCAACAAUUUACAAAAGGAACAGGAGAUUCCCAUUGAACAAUUAUUAGCAAUGUAUGGAGGAUACCCUUCUGAGGAGGCUGAGGCCGAGGCUGAGGAACAGACCAAUGGGGAGGGAGGAGAACCAGCACAACCAGUUAAUGAGAAUGAAAAUAGUAAUGAAGCUGAAAUCAUAGAAAAUGAUGCCGAAAUUGAAAAUGAAGCAGAACAAGAAGAUGAGCCCGAGGUUAUAUCAUCAAGGUCGUCGACAUCAGAAGAGAAUGUUAAUAGUAGUCAUGAAAAGGAAAUGAAACCUGAGGUUAAACCAGAGAGAAAAAGAAGAGAGAAGACCUCUGAACUUGCUCAGCUGUACGCAGACAUGGACACCAAUGGUGAUGCCCCUACCACUUCGUCUUCUCGUUCUCUUAGAUGCCAUAAACCAGUUGGAAUCCUGUCAACGGGUGGGUCCCGCCAACAGAGUGAAGAUGAAGAGGAGGAGGAAGGCGAGUGUAGUGGAGAGGAGGAGGAUUGGCAUAAGACAAUAAUGAUUGGUUCGUCGUAUCAGGCCCAAGUUCCGGAAGGUUUGCAGGCCUAUGGUGCGACGCCGCCGUAUGAGAAUGAAGAUAAGCUUCUAUGGGAACCUGGCAAACUUAGUCCCAAACAGGUACAGGAUGGGGAGCAAUUGGUUGAAGAUUAUUUACGAGCCUUAAGCCAUCCUCCCCCUGGUUCACAGGGCGUAGCUUCUAUACCUCUAGGGAAACACGUUCGGGAUGAUGAACAGGCUUUAUAUUUAUUACUGCAGUGUGGUUACAAUGUAGAAGAGGCUAUUCGUAGGCAUAGGAUGAACCCUACUCCAUUAGCGUCCACAAUGACGUUAUGGUCAGAGGAAGAGUGCAGAAACUUUGAAAAUGGUCUUAAAACAUAUGGCAAGGACUUCCAUCUAAUACAGCAGAAUAAGGUACGAACGAGAUCUGUGGGUGAAUUAGUACAAUUUUACUACUUAUGGAAGAAAACAGAGAGACAUGAUCUUUUUGCAACUAAAACAAGAAUUGAGAAAAAGAAAUACAUAGUUCAUCCUGGAACUACUGACUACAUGGACCGGUUCCUUGAUGAGGGAGAAGGCGUCGGUGGUGGGGCAACAUGGCGUGACAACCGUUCCUCGUCACCCAGUCUUCACACACUACUCUAUGGGAAACCUCCUCCAGGAACCAAUGCAACAGCUAGCAGCGGUGUGGGCGGUGGUGGUGGUGGUGGUGGAGGCGGUGGAGGCGGAGGCGGAGGCGGAGGAUUGAGCAACAGUGGACCUGUAUCUGCACCUCCUCCACCCCAGACAGUUGAGCCAAGUGCUGUUGUGGAUGCAAAUGCAGCAGAGAAAGACUGUGAAACAGGUGUGACUUAUUCAGGUUUAAAUCAAAUGGAAGACUUAGCACGCCAUUUAGAUUCAGAGUCUAUAGAAUCUCUGGCAAAACUGAGCACCCCAAGUAACUCUGUGUCAAUAGCCAGAACAAACCGAAGAACCGGUAGUCCUCAUCCUAUGGAUGUAGAUCUGUCUAUUACUCGUUCCUCUGUUUUAAACCCUCAAACAAUCAGUGUAGAGGCCAAAAAUAUAGCAAAAGCAGAAACUGUCGCACAGUGACAUUUUUGUGUGUAUUUUGUAUGCAAGUUGCUGAGAUGGUUGUGAUUAAGUGAAAGUCCUGUUUUGAGUGAACACUGACCACAGUGGGAUUACAGUUUUGUGCGAUAUGAUGGAAGUAUUAAAUGAUUCCAGUGUUGAGCCUCUUGGUAAAUGGUCUGGUUACCUUUGAAAAUAAUUAAGUUCUCUCAGUGCAGUUUGGAAACAGUUAAAGUUUGUCUUCUCCAUCAAGAAUUACCUAGAAAAGUUGUAUAUGGCUUUCAUUCUUUCUAUUAAGACUUGAGUUGGUGACAGUAUUUUGAUUCAGUGCUCAGUUAUGUAAUUUUAUUCAAUAUCAUGGCAUAUACACUUCAUUUGUUGACCUGAUCAUGUUGUUUAUUUUAACAGGAAAUUGGUUGGGAAUGGCAUUUGCUAUUGUUAACUGUAUGAAUGUGAUACUGCUGUCAAUAAAGAAAGCCAUAUUUUAUAAUUUUCUCUUAGAAAAGGCAAGUACUCAUCUGUCAUGGUGUUCAAAAAGGCAAGUACUCAUCUCUCAUGAUGUUCCGCAAGCCCUUAGCAUCUUUGAUGAAAUUUUUAUCAGAAAACUUGAAAAUUUAUAUUCAUUCACUCCAUAUACUUUUUAUAUAAAAUUUAUCCUGAAAAUAUUGAAAAUUCCAUUCUUACACUGCUUAAGACAUUGGAAAGCUUGAUUUUAUAAGAUAGUGCUUCCUGAGACUAGAAAAAUGUUCAGCAAGUGAGUGAGUUCCAUCAAGCACCCUUCUAAUUGUGUAAGAGUGAUGGUAUUUUGUACCACUGUCUGAAUCGUAUUUCUUGAAAAAUAUGCCAAUUUCAUAUGAUAUGAACUGGUGGAGAUAAAUUCUCAGAAUUUCUAGGAUUUAGAACUGUUUUUGUUAAAAAUCCAUACAUCACCAUAUUAAGAUUCUGAAAAAUAUAGUGUGAAAGUUACAAGAACCUCUCAAGGUACUUUGCUAUCUGUAGGCCUUGUACCCCUUAGACUCCCAGUACUGGACCAACGUUACCAUAGACGAAAUUCUUAAACUUUGGUAUGGAUUUUUUGGCAAGGUCUCAGGUAAAUGUGAUACUAUGUAAGUUGAUACAUAAAUUGUUGGAAUUUCAAAGUCCUCAUAGUCUUAUCUUUAUUUUUUGUGACCUUGACAAAUUUGUAAUUCAUAUAUACUUUAUUAUUUUUAGGCAUGUCUUUAAACUCUUGGUUCCAGUGCAUUAAUUUUUCUUUUCAGCCAGCAAGAGGGAACUCAAUAGAACUGUAAUGUCUUCUGUGCUACUUUCCUGCUGACUAAACCAGUGCAGAAAGGAUCUAUCUUAGGAUAUUUACAGAAGCUGGUGACUUGUGCCAGAUGUAUAAUUUUUAAAUAAUGGUAUUUCUUUUCAUAGUCUGUUAGGGCAUGAAGAGUACCUGAACCAAAGUAUGUACUAUAUUAGAAGAAUAUUGCAGCCUCUUGGUACAUUACGCAUUAGUAGUGUGGAGUCUUAAACAAAGUAGUCCUCUAUGUUCUUGGCAAUCAGUGAUGGUUCUUGGUUUCAUUUUGGAAAUCAGAAAUAGGGUUAUGUAUUAUGCAGGUUGAAUGCGAUAAUGGCUUCUUUAAUGUUCAAGAGACUAUCAUGUUUACCUUAUUUAAAUAUGGUAGAAAAUUUCAUCUACGUGUGAUACUAUAUUCUUUUUGGCAGUUGAACUUGAUUUUGCAGACCUUUUCAAACUACAAUAUUGAGACCACUUGAAAGUAUUGUGGGAUCCCUUCAUAAAUAGAAAUAUGUGUUUUAAUGUAAAUUGUAGCUGGUAGUUCAUUACAGUUCCAUCUCUCUGACACCAUCAUCUUUUCACCACUCCGUCCAUGUAUAUAAACAUGUAGCAGUUCUUGUUUAUCAUGUUCUCUUUGUGAAACCUACUACUGUCCAUGUUCUUGAACUUUCAUGCCUGAAUUUCCUACCAGCUCUCACUUUGGGAUGUCAUUCUAUGUGCAAUCUUCUACUCAGCAAAUCAUCUUGUCAGUUUUGCAAUAACAAAAAAAUCCACUACCUUUAUACAGAUGUAGCUUAUAGAACCAAGAAUUUAUAUGUCAGUGAAACUCCAAGGAGCUGUUGACUAGCAAACAUUCCAUACUGUCACUCGAUUUUUUGUCAUUUGGGUUAAUUGUGCUGUGAUUCUGUAGAUUUUCAGUUUUUCUAAUUGACCCUGUUGCAUGCUCCUUGCCAAAUGCAUGGGAUUCCACAAAACCAAAUUUCAAACAGGGAUCAGGGUCUAAAGGUUUUGUUUUUUAAGGUUAAACAUUCACCAUUGUAUCUAUUCUGUGCUUGCUGUUUUUUCCUUGGUUGCUUGUUUGGUACUUUAGCAUUCUUGAUUGUCAGGUUUUUAAUGUAACCGUGUGUUAUCCAAAUUGUAUUUUCUUAGUUUUCCAGAGUUCAGUCUGCCAUUAGUGUUUACUGUAUGUCUGUUUUAUGAAAGUUCUGCUCAACUUUUUUUUUCUUUUGUAUAGUAAGGAGGGCUUGUGUGUAGAUUUGCUAGUAGUUCUAACCUUUCUACAGUAUCCCUUGGCCAGCCUAAGAGACCUCAUUGGUGUGGUUGAAUAGCUUACCAGUAACCCCCCCUCGGUUAGAUGGUUCUUUCUCCCACCCUUUUAUUAUUUCAAAAUAUUUGGACAGGAUUGUGUUUUACAGAAGGUACUGCACACAUAUUUAAAAAUUAGUGUUUUAACAUAACAGAUGCUGUUGUACAGGUUGCCUUUGUAUGAUCACUAAACAAUUGCAUAAUUGUGUAUUAUAUGGUUAACCUCUGGAUGGUUUGGUCUGGGUUAAUUUCCUGGUUAGUAGUGGAUGUUCAAAAUUAUAUAUUUUUUUUCAUUAUGAAAUCAUCACACAGUAAAAUUGUUUAAUACAACAUUUUACUUAGUGAUUCUAUGUCAUGUUUUAUCAAAAAGUGCACAAGGGAAAUACUAGGGGAAUGAGAGAAAAAAACUGCUUGAAUGAUCAUCCUAUUUUUACUAUGGUUUAAAAAAUUAUAUUGUAAUUGAAGUGUUGAAGAGUUAGUGUUAUCGAUGGGUUUAUUUCUAAGCAUGACACAAGUAAAAUGUAAAGCAGUUAAAAAAAUUUGAGUGCACUUAGACCUGGACUUGAGCUAGGUAGAGGAGUUUUCUGAGCGCUAAGUGUUUCUUCCGCAUGCAGGCCUGAUAUCUGGGCUACACUACAAUAUAUGGAGGAGGUGGUGCAUGUGAUAAUGUACAAUUACUUUAUUAGCCAUCACAGUGUUCAUAGAAAAGUUUGUUUAGGAUUGGUUUUUGUUUUUUUAUAUUAUGUAUUUAUUUGAAUUCCAGGAGCAAAUGUAAAUUUGAAUAUUUAAGUAGGUAUGGACAAAGGGAGCUGUACAGAACUUGCGUAAAUCACAUUUCCAGGUAGAACCAUGUCAGGUUCUAUGUACUUCAGUUUCUGAUCUUUUGCGUGUAUAAUAAAACUAAAGUUUGUUUCUUUUAUGUUGAGGAUGGGUGUUUUGUGAAAUGUUUUUCACCAGUAUUUACUUUCAACAUGGAUUAUUACAGUUAUCAGAGUUAAUUUCCUGAAAGCCAUCUGUGGCUUGUGUGGUAGUGCUAUGGUAUUGAUCUCAUUUUGAACGUACAAGUAAACUUUUAUGCAUAAUGCAUUGGGUGGUGCUGUAAACAUAGUUGCUUCUUGUGAAAUUUUCUAAGCAUUACAAAAACAUUAAGGUAAUUGGAUGAAAUUACAUGUAUAAUUAAAAGAACAGCACACUUUCAUCUUGAGGUGUUGGUUUGCAAGAAUCAUAGGGGAGGGAUGGAAUCUAGGUUUUUUAUGGAGUGGGAUGUCAAUAUUAUAUAAUAUGGCUAUGUUUAAUGAAAUGAAAUUCCUUCACCUUGAGAGUUCUUAAGAAUCUGUCAUCCUAAAUAUUUCGGUGAGCUUUUCAAAUGUUGGGAGUCCCAACUAUGUUAAUUGUUUUAACUCAUCCAAGCAACAAAUUAAAAAUUUGAUAUUGAGAAGACAUGCUUUGACAUUUGUGGGUUAUUUUUUAUUUUUAUUUUUUUUUUACAUGUAGCUUUCGAGUGAUUAAGUGAAUGACUUGCGAUACCUUCACUUAGUAUAUAGACAUUAGUUUUGUACGUCAUGUUCUGUUCCAUUCAGAUUUAGAAGUAUAAAUUAUCUUUUUAGUAACUGAUUUCUGUAUUUUAUCAUCAAAUCAUUUGUUUUGCUUCUAAGGUUAAGAUCACCAAAUUUCUUUCCAGGCCUACAAUUCCUGAAAAUACAAAACUUGUACCAUAGUCCAAUAUUCCUUUUGUAAAUUUGUUUGUACCGAUAAUAUCAGUAUGUGAUGUGUAAAAGUUUUAUUUUGCAUAUCGAGCAAUAAUUUUUUGAAACAUAUGUUAUUUAACAUAGGCUUUAUAUUUAAAGUAUUUCUGUACGUCUGAGGCAAAGUAGUAGGUUUAUAUGACUUUGAAAACCUGUUCUCAAUUUAAUUUAUAGAAAAAUAUUUUAUUGUAAAUAAAGAAUACUUAUUAACUUUUUAA